CUUCUUCAACACCAUCUAUUUGGGGCUGUCAGUUUAUACAAUUCCUGCUGAAUCAAUGUCAUCUAUAAUUUCAACGGUCAAAGUAUCUAUGAACGUAUACCGGAUGUCUGGUUCACUGGGAGAUCAGUGUUUCGUACUCGCACAUCGCACCAAACUGGCGGAAACAAGCAACAUGAUGGCCAGAUCUCCAAGCUUAAGUACCUGGAUCUUCCUAGACUUCAUUCUCCAUCCAUUCGUUCUUGCACUCAUUCUCUCAUUCUCUCAUUCUCUCAUUCUCUAGCGUCUACCUUCUUUCUUUAUUUCUUGCCUAUAUCCUUGCAUAGUUUCCAUUUAUUCGUUUCCCCGCGGCAUGUUCCGGGCCGAUAAUCCCUCACAAUCCCUUCGAUAUGGUUUUAGAAAGCCGUUUGGUAGAGGGUGCUAAGUACAAGCUCUACCAUUAUGACCCCUCAUUCAUAGCUGCUAGCAUCAUGAUGGUGGUUUUUGGGCUCUCUUCUGCGCUUCACCUCGCUCAACUCGGGGUGAAGAAAACGUGGUAUUUUAUACCUUUUGUUAUUGGAGGACAGUGUAAGUUCUCAUCAACCUUUUCUAUAAGAUUUGAUGAAACUAACAGCGAUAUUUCAUAGUCGAAGUGAUUGGCUAUGCAGCUCGCGCCAUUAAUGCCAAACAAACUCCAAACUGGGAGACGAACCCAUAUGCCAUCCAAUCCCUCAUGCUUCUCCUUGCACCAACUCUUUUUGCAGCAUCCAUUUACAUGAUCCUGAAGCGAAUCAUAAUCUUGACAGACUGCGAAAGUCAUUCGAUUAUAAAGACGAAAUGGACAACCGCCGUAUUCGUUUCGGGGGAUCUCAUCUCUUUCCUCCUGCAAUCUGGAGGUACGUUGAUAUUCCACCCACUCAUCCAAAGUCGAGAUGUAUAGUAAAAGAAUACUGGAACUAAUCAGUAAAAAACAGGGGGAGGAAUGCUAGUCCAAGCCAAGUCAAAGGACGCCGUCACUAUGGGACAAAACAUGAUAACCUACGGCCUCUACGUCCAAGUGGCCUUCUUCGCCCUAUUCAUGACCGUCACCAUGGUUUUCCACAUCCGCAUGCUCAAGGAUCCUUCCUACCGUGCAUCAAUCCUUGCCGUACCAUGGCAACAAUACAUCGUCGUCCUAUACAUCGCUUCCUUCCUCAUUUUGGUCCGAAGCGUCUUUAGAAUCGCCGAGUAUGUGAUGGGCAGUGGUGGUCCGCUUAUGGGCACUGAGAUGUAUCUUUAUCUCUUUGAUGCUGCGCUUAUGGCGGCCACGAUGCUGUUCUUUAAUAUUAGACAUCCGAGUUCGAUUAUUAUGGGACGACGGGAUAUGGAGCGGGAAGGGAGUAUACCUUUGAAAGAUGUUGAGGACGGUGGGAGUGAGUUUAGACAUUGAGCUGUUUGAUCCGGAAGAAACUAUUUGGGGGAAUCGAAGUUGGAGUGGAAGAUCGAUACUUCGUGGCGAUCGAGGAGGAUCGCAUUGCUUGAUUACCUUUCCUGAGGUUCUCUUAUUUGCUUUUUUUGCUUUGUUUUUUGAUAGCGAUUUUUUGAAAUUCCUCCGCUAUUUUUCAGGAGAUGAAUUAGAUACUGUAUUAGAACGAUACCAGCACGGUACUAAAAUAUAAUAGUAAUAGUAAGAACUUGAC